AUGAUAUUUUCAUUAUUUGCACCAACAAUUGAUGAAGUUAAACUUAUAUUAGAUGAUCAUGAUAUUCCAAUGAAUAAACAAUCAGAUGGAACAUUUCUAUGUUCUGUAAAUAAUAUUAGUGAUGGUGAUCAUCGAUAUAAAUUUCAAAUUAGUAAAAAAGGAUGGAUAUUUUCAACAUCAAUUGAUAUUGUCGAUCCUUAUGCUACUAAAUAUGAUCCUGAAGAACAAUUUGGUUAUAUAACAAUUAAAAAUGGAAAGAAAUAUAACAAUGAAUUUAAUUGGCAAUAUGAUCAUAUUCAAUUACCAGAGAAUAAAGAAUUAAUUUUGUAUGAAUUAUAUGUUGCUGAUUUUUCUGAAAAUGGACAAUUUUCAGGUGUUAUUGAUAAAUUAGAUUAUUUAUCAGAGUUGGGUAUUAAUGCUAUUGAAUUAAUGCCAAUUAUGGGAUCACAAGGAAAAGAACAUGAUUGGGGUUAUUUACCACGUCAUUUCUUUUGUCUUAAAUCAACAUAUGGUUCUAUUAAUGAUUUAAAAUUACUUGUUGAUAAAUGUCAUCAAAGAAAAAUUCGUGUUUUUCUUGAUUGUGUAUUUAAUCAUUCCGAUAAAGAAUGUCCUCUUGCUCUUAUUGAUAGAAAUUAUUGGUAUUAUAAAGGAAAACAUCAUCCUAAUGAUCCAUAUUGGUGGGGACCUGAAUUUAAUUAUGAAUUUGAAGAUAAAAACUUACAUAUAAAACCUGCUGUUAAGUUUGUUACUGAUGUUAUGAAAUAUUGGAUUAAAGAAUUUCAUUUAGAUGGCGUUCGAUUUGAUGCAGCUAAACAAAUGGAUAAUUAUGAUAUUCUUCGUCAUUUGGAUUUAAUUGGUCGUUCAAUAUAUCCAUUCAAACCAUUUUUUUCUCAAGCUGAAUAUGUUCCUGAAAGAAAAGAUUUAUGUAAAGAAUAUGGUGGUCCAGUUGAUACUUGUUGGUCAUCAUCAUUUCAUGAAAGUUUAAGAUGUUUUCUUGCUUUUAAAAAAGAUCAAAUUGAUAAAUUGGAAAAUUUAGCCAAUCUUAAAUAUAUAUUUUCAUCAAAAAAUUUUGUUAAUUAUUUAUCUUGUCAUGAUAAUGAAAGAUUACUUCAUCAUAUUGGUAAAAAAGAUUCAGAUGCUUUUAUUAAAAUGGAAACAGCUAUUAUUCUUUUAUUUACAUCUGCUGGAAUUCCAAUGAUUCGACAAGGAGAGGAACUUGGUGACGAUAGAAAAUUAGGAAAUAAUCAAGUAGAAAAAUCAUGUUUUCCAAUGCCAUGGUAUCUACUUGAAAAAGAUUUUAAUAUUCAUCUUUUAAAUACAUUUAAACAUUUAAUAAAACUUCGUCAUACAAAUAAAUCUCUUCAAGAAGAUCAAAUCAACUUUUUUUAUGAAGAUAAUCAAAAUAAAAUAUUAUGUUAUUAUCGUGGAAUAAAUUUAGUUGUUAUUACUCAUUUUGAUAAAAUGCCUAAAACGAAAUAUAUUAUAGGAAAUUUUCCUCAAAAUGGUAUAUGGAUCGAUUAUAUAACAAAUGAACAAGUUCUUGUUGAUGAUGUUAAUAAUUUAACAUUAGAUUUAUUACCAUUCGAAUCUCGAUUAUAUAUUAAACAGACUUAA